AGGCUGGCUGGCUUCGUCCCGCUUCUGCUGCGGGACCCGCGCCGAACAGGGAACUGGGAGUCGGGAGCCUCGAGGGGCCAGCGGGGAUUCAUUGCUGGGCGUCAGGCAGGCAGACGGGCAGGAAGGAACAUCACACGUCUCCUCUGUGUUUGAUCUACAAUGAGUGCCAAAUCUGCUAUCAACAAAGAGAUUUUUGCUCCUCAUGAUGAAAGGAUGCUGGGAGCAGUCCAAGUAAAAAGGAGAACAAAGAAAAAGAUUCCUUUCCUGGCAACUGGAGGUCAGGGUGAAUAUUUAACCUACAUCUGCUUGUCAGUGACAAACAAGAAACCUGCACAGGCAUCCAUUACAAAAGUCAAACAGUUUGAAGGUUCUACAUCUUUUGUACGACGGUCACAGUGGAUGCUUGAGCAACUUCGCCAAGUUAAUGGUAUAGACCCCCAUCGGGAUUCCCCAGAAUUUGAUUUACUGUUUGAAAAUGCUUUUGACCAAUGGGUAGCAAGUACAGCCUCUGAAAAAUGUACAUUCUUUCAAAUUCUCCAUCACACUUGUCAGCGGUACCUUACCGACAAAAAGCCAGAAUUUAUUAAUUGCCAGUCUAAAAUUAUUGGAGGAAACAGCAUACUACACACAGCAGCUGACAGUGUGACCAGUGCAGUACAGAAGGCAAGUCAGGCGUUGAAUGAACGUGGUGAAAGAUUAGGUCGAGCAGAAGAAAAGACAGAAGACAUGAAGAACAGUGCUCAGCAGUUUGCAGAAACUGCACAUAAGCUUGCAAUGAAGCACAAGUGCUGAAAAUGUGCAAAGUAGAGAUCCUUCCAAGAGGAACUGAAAAGCUAGCUUCAUUAGUUUUUACUGGAGAUACAACCUCAUGUCUGCUUUUUCCUACAAUUCAGUGAAACCCAGUUAUUUCAAUUACAAUGCAGGAAUAAGGUGCAUUCCUACCUUUUAUACUGCUAAGCCAUUCUGCAAUAUCACCAUUAAAAAUAUAUAUAUAUUUAAAAUAAGAGGUGGUGUGAACAUGGAAAUUGGACCAAAGGACAUACUAAAGUGCAUUGAUCUGCAGCAUCUCACUGAUCUCAGUACUAAGGAAGGAGAAAUAAAUUUAUUUGCAAGAAACAUUGCCAAAUAAAAAUGAAAUCCAAGCAGCUGUUUUAUAAUUGUCUCCUAGAACCAUUUUCAGAGUUACACGGUUCAUGCCUGCUGACACUGAGCAAAAGAGAAUGAUUUGCUAUGAAAAACAACCUGGCUUCUCAUUUCUGCCAUUUUUAGUAAACAUGUUUUGCAUCUGCCAUCACCAGCUUGCUGUACAAAUCUGAAUUUGAGAUGUCACCUGCUGUCAAUACUAAGUUUUCAAAAGAACUUUCUUUUCUUUCCCCCCUUUUUAUAUUAUUUGGACUAUAGAAAAAUAUCACCAGGAGUUUAUACUUGAGAUCUCAAGAUAUGAAAGUCUUAUGAUCAAAUCUCUUAACUGCUUCUAUAGCUAAUCUAGAAUUUAGCAGUUUAUAAAGGAGAACUUUUCUUUGUAAAUUUCUUCUUUUAAAAUACCCUUUACAUUUCAUGUUAUACAAAAAUAAUUCCAUAAUUUUGAAUGUCUCCACAAACACUCCCAUAGUGUCUGAAGCUGUUUUACUGUCAGGCAUGCUCAGCUUUCACUGGCUUGAGUUAGGGUGUCCCUGUUACUUCCAUGACUAUCCAUUCUUGUCCAUGAAAUACCAAAAUCUGGUUGCACUUGCAGUUACUUCAUCAUGAUCAUAGUAAUUCUAGAGCCUGCCGUAGUAAAACAUGCCUCUCCACUUUGCAUUUUUUAAUUAAAAUACUGUAAUAUGUUCCUUGCCAGUAGCAGAUCUUAUUACGUAUAAGUUACAACGGUCGAUACAUGUGCAGAAGCCUUUCAGCUUCAGAACCACAAAAGGGAGGGUGGAUUUAGGAUAUGAUUCUUGGCUUUAGAGUCUCGUGUUUUCCAUGUCCUUCCUUUGGAGUACUUACUAGUGGAUCUGAAGGAGCAAGGAACUGAACAUAUAAUCAGUCAUCCUAUAAGCUUUGGUUGUAGCUGAGAGAGAAAUUCAAGUUGCUUUGCCCUAAUCUUUCUUUCAGGGGAUGCAUUUUGAACUCUGGGUUCUGCAACGACCUCUAGAGGUAUUGAGUAUGUGUAAGCUGUGUAAACAACAUAUGCUUAGCCCCUGCUGCAAACAAUUCCUAGAAUAUGUUUCAGAAUUCUAGUGCAUUU